AUGGGCGUUUUGAGUUACGACAGGAAAGCUGAGCUCACAGAGUUCGACGAAACCAAAACCGGCGUGAAAGGACUUGUAGAUGCCGGAGUUACGGAGGUCCCUCGGAUAUUCCGUCUACCUUCACCUGAAAACCUAAACUCUGACGAAGAGCUUACUCUUCCAACCAUCGACCUCAAAGGAAUCCAUGAAGAUCCUAUUCGGAGAAAGCAGGCGAUGGAAGAAGUGAAGGAUGCGUUGGGGAGUUGGGGGUUCUUUCAGAUGGUGAAUCAUGGUAUUCCGGUUGACGUGUUGGAGGAGAUGAAACAAGGAGUUUUACGUUUUUUUGAUCAGGAUAGUGAGGUGAGGAAGCAGUGGUACACAAGGGAUCGAUCUGCGAAUAGGGUGGUGUAUAACAGCAACUUUGACUUGUAUUCUGCUCCGGUGACUAACUGGCGAGACUCUUUCUUGUGCACCAUGUAUCCUAAUCCUCCUCAACCAGAAGAGUUGCCACCACCUUGCAGAGAUAUUUUGUUGGAGUACUCGAGGCAAGUAAUGAAACUCGGAUGCUCUAUAUUGGAGUUGAUGUCUGAGUCUUUGGGGCUCGCCUCCAAUCACUUUUUCGAUAUGGGAUGUGCGGAAGAGAUUCAAGUUACCGGCCAUUACUAUCCUCCUUGCCCACAACCUGAGUUAACAAUGGGCACCACUGAACACAGCGAUGCGGGUUUCAUUACGAUUCUUCAACAAGAUCUUAUUGGUGGCCUCAAGGUCUUUUAUCAGAACCAAUGGACCCAUGUUACUCCUAUACAGGGAGCUCUUGUAGUCAACGCUGGAGAUCUAUUACAGCUAGUAACAAACGACAAGUUUGUGAGUGCACGCCACAAAGUGAUGGCAAACAAGGUUGGUCCUCGAAUAUCGGUGGCAUCAUUUUUUUUGGCAAACCUGAAGACAAUGAGGGUGUUGGAACCUAUCAAGGAGUUGCUUUCGGAAGAUGAGCCAGCCAAGUAUAGAAGUACGACAGCAAAGGAUUUUAUGGAUUAUUUCUAUUCAAAAGGACUCGAUAAGACUCCUGCUCUUUUGCAUUUCAAGAAGUAG